AUGAUGCCACGCGCUCCACCACCCACUGUAGGCGACGACCUUUACUUCCCCGACAAUCUCAACCCCGACACCCCGACAGGCCAUGGCCGGAGACAAACUGCCAGAAUCUUGCUGACGCCCUCCCAGCCGAAGGAGAAGCCCCUGCGCACCAAGCGCGGCCAUCGCAAGCCCUCCCUGCUUGCGGACAUUGACGCCGCCGCCACCAAGUCCGCCGCCGCUUCGCCCUUGGUCAACCAGCAUCCCGUCACCCAGUCCCCGAGCUCCGAGACCUUCUCCCACGCACAAGGCAACGCCGAUUCGGCCGCCGCUGCCGCUUCCGCCACGACCAACGGGAAUCGCGCCCCUGCCCUGCAGAAGACGCGUGAGGACAAGCCCGAUGAGGACGCCACCCACACGAUCGAGGAGGAGCUCGCCCGUGGUUGGAAGGAUCUCUCCGACGACGCCAAGGAAGCCUUCCAGAGCCGCUACGACGAUGCCUUGGCCCAAUACCAGAAGGACAAGGCCGAGUACGACGCCUCCAAGGCAGCAGAGACCGCCGCCGCCGCCGAUGCCGCCGCCGGCAGAACGGCCGCCUCGGCCGAACCCGAAGCUGAGACCAAGGACGAGGCCGCCGAAAAGAGCGAGAGCCUUCCCGAGGCACUCAAGAACAAGGACGACGAGGACGACAAGAACGACAAGGCCGACAAGGAAGAUGAGGCCAAGGCGGCGACCGAGGCCGACAAGGCAGCAUCGAAGUCUCCCGUUCCGACUCCAGCCCCAGCCCAGGACGAGGACGUCGAGAUGACCAACUACGACACCGAAGAGGCCGAGGGCACGCCCGCUGCUGACGACAGGUAG